ACUUUCUACUGAGAGAUGACUAUUCAAAGAAACAAAUAGAUAAGAUAUACAGAAACCAAAAUAACUCCACCAAGAAAUACUAAAAGUAAUGGGAUUGGGGGUAGGGAAGAGAGGAAUUAAAAGAGGAAGUCAAUGGCAUUUAACCUGAGCCCUGAAGCAUUUUUGAGGUAAAGAGAGAGCAUCUCAGAAAUGGAGUUCAUAACAGACACAAAAAUAGAUGCAUUGUCCCUCAUGGAAAACAUCAAGUAAUCUAGAUAGUUUGGUCGGAAUGUAGAAGUAGGGCCCUAAAAAAAAUAAAUAGAGCCAAGUGAAGGAUUUGAAUGCCAAAACAGUAGGGAGUCAAAUAGAACUUGGUGAGCAGGGAAGUGACAUUGCAAGAUCUGUACGUUGGGAAUUUCAAUUAGGCAUCUGUGUGGAGCAUAAAUUGAAGAAAGAAGACUAGCAACAGAGAACCAAAUUAGGAGGCUAUUGUAUAAUUAUGGCAAGAGGUUUAGAGGACUUGACUAAGGUGUUUGUAGUGUGAAUAAAGAGAAGACUGGAUUGCAAGAGAAAAUGAAGAGACCUAGACAGUAGAUGGACGAGGAAACUACCAGCACCGUGGAAAGUGGAGAUCAUUCCUCUGGUUCCCCCGAUACACUCAUGAAGGGGGCCCCUGUGCAAGCCCGGAUGUCCCAGCGCAGACUUUCGAAAAAAGGUCACCGAAAAAGGCACCGGAGGAUGCCCUGGAAGGAUUCCUAUGUGGUCCAGGUACUGAAACAGCAGUUGUCCAGUGGCCGGGCCCAUCUAUCAAAAGGGGCAUUGGCCAUCCUCCACUCGGUUGUCAAAGACCUUUUCGACCGCAUUGCCCUUGAGGCCAGCCGGCUAAAGAAGGAGUGCCUUGAUGGUGAUCCAGAAGAUCCUGUGGGCCCAAGUGAGAUCAAGGCUGCCCUGCAGAUCCUCCUGCCUUCCCAGCUCAGAAUUCAACCCCCGCCUAACCGCUUCGGACCCUCUUUGCUAUUAGGCCGGGAGCAUCCGAGGUGGCGUUGAGGUGGACCCAGAGGUCUGGAGAGAGAGGAGAAAGGAGGGUCAUUGUUUCGUCGUCCUCCUCUUCUUCCCUUUGCUUCCAUUUCCCCUCAAUCCCCCAUUAAGUACCCACCACCAGAACCACCACCAGAACUACCAACAACCACCACCGUCAUCACCAUCAACAUUACCACCACCAUCAUCAAACCUUCUUCCUUACUCUCAACCCCAGCCACCCACUUUGUGCUUUAAAAUGUACUUUUUCUUCUUCUCCCUAUAUCAGUCUCUUGUGGAAUUUCUGCAGCUGUGGAAAACAAGAGUCGAAGAACUUUUUAAAAAUAGAAAUAAGCCUAGGCUUCAGGAGAGAUGAGAAACUCAUGAAUUUGGAUCUUGGGCAGAGGGAAGACAAAAGGCUUUUUCAAGAACAAGGCCCCUGGAUUUUGUUUUUGUUUUUGUUUGUUUUUUGGGGUUUUUUGUGUGUGUUCUGUUUUUUUUAGGGGGGGGGUUGUUUGUUUUUUAAUGAAAGUCCCAGGAAAGAACCACUGAGGAAAACAGGAAGGUCAGGAGAAGUGUUGGGGUCCAAUAUUUUAGAAAAAGAUCCAAUGAAAGUUGGAGAGAUCAAAUAUGGACUUUCAGUGGCGACAACCCAGCUCUUCCCUCACCCCAUCCCCUAACUGAAGAGAGGAGAAUAAUUAAAAAGAAAACCCAACAACUGAGAACACUC